AGGAGGCGGACCCCCGGCCCCCCUUCGUUCCUGGCCCCAGAGCCGGUUCGUCAGGGAGCUCAGUCCGGGCAACGUCUUCCAAUAGAGAAGUAACCCACGGUCGACACAUUUUCAAAAUCAUUGGCGAACGGAUAAGAAAAGCAAUGGCAGAGACUCAGCAGCAGCCCGUCAGUAGGACUUACCAAUACAGAAAGGUAAUGAAGCCGAUGCUGGAGAGGAAAAGGCGCGCCAGAAUCAACAGAUGCCUCGACGAACUCAAAGAACUCAUGGUCACAGCUCUUCAGAGCGAAGGAGAGAACGUCUCCAAGCUGGAAAAAGCCGACAUACUCGAACUUACAGUCAGGCACUUGCAGAGCCUCAGGAGAGUCGAACAAGGCGGCAAUAGAUAUGAAGAAGGAUGGAGCGCAUGUCUGGAACAAGUGACGAGGUUUCUUCGGGAAGGAAAAGCCGGCGUCGGCCCCGAGGAGGCGGUCAGGUUGGUCCGUCACCUAAACCCGGUCGUGUGUCACCAAAGUGGUGCCAGGAUGGUCGUCGUCGAAGGCGAAGGGCCACUCUGGAGGCCGUGGUAGCCCUUUUGACCUUUGUCAAAAGCCGACAGGUUGACCGCAGAUCCUCUUCUGAAGGGACGACCGUUCAGAGCCCGUCCGUCCUUGUUUACAUUGAUUUCCCCCCAUAAAUAAACGUGUAAAUACUUUGUAAAUAACGCGAGAGCCUUAUUAAGUUUAAAAACUUUCUUUUCAGACUUGGACAGUCACUAAAUUCUAGAUCCGAAAAAAUUGUUGAUUUUUUUAAAUUUUUCAAUACAAGACAAUACUUUUAAAUAACGGCCAGCCUGAUACCUGUGAUCUUAAAAUUGUACCUGAUCUCAUUUAUGCCUCCUGCGUAUUAAUUGUUAUUAUGUAUUAAACUUAACUGACAAAUUUCUAAUGUAAAUUCAGUUUCUGUAAUUAUUAUAAAUAAAAUGUUUAUAGUAUAUUUAUA